GUUGGUAUAUUCUCAUGUAACGAAAGAAAAUUUAGUAUUUCAAAUUUGUUACUUUCUGUUACCCAUAUCGUCGAACGCUUGAUAGGCGCUUGUUGUUGUUGUAGUGUUCGAUUCUACUGACAGUGUAAGAUAUUCAGAUUCAGAAUAACGAACAAUGAAUAGUUCAUCUCCGGCCCAUUCAUCGAUUUCCACCACGGCGGUUGUCGGCGGCGGUGUCGGAGGUAUUAGCAACGCCGCCGUUUCCGUUGAUGAUUUUCAUUUUCCUUAUGAUCACAUCUCAACGGAAGAACGAAAAGAUGAGGCCAUGCUAGUGCUAAAAUCGGAUCUUAUGGCUGCACUUGACAAGGAGGUUAAAUCCUUGGAUGAAGAUAACUGGAAGUUUGAAGGACCUCGUUCUCGAAUCCACCGCGUGUCACGUCGAGGCGGUGGUCAUCUCCAUAGGCCCACAGAAAUUUCAAAGAAUUGGAGUUUAGCCCCACCAAAAUAGUUAGACUCUGUUACAUCGAAGUACCAGGCCUCUGUUUAAUUAUCAAGUAAUUAUGGUUAUGUUCUACAGAUAAAAGUUAUUAGGCUGCAUUGAUAGAAAGCAUUGCGGUUAUGCUACAACUUCUGGUGAUAUAUAUAGUUCUGGAAGAACAUGAUGAAGUGAAGAUUGUUUUUGUAAAGAUGUUGUGUCCUUUAUUGUUUGCAGUAUCAUUGCUUCAGUUUUGAGAGAUCAGUGAUUAAUUGCUCUUGAUUGUUCCAAAUUUAUGUAUUUUAAUGUAGCGAGAAUCAUUAAAAACCUGAGAUAAGUUAAAGUGUUGGUUGGUUUGUAUUUUUAUAUUUAAUCUGUUUAUUUUUUGACAGGAUAAUAAUCUGUUUAUAAACAUUUGAGUACUCCAUGAUAUAUUCAUUUGAUAUGUAUAUUUCUAA